UCCUCGGUGCAGCCCAAGAGAGCUGUCUUUCAUCAUUAUAAAAUGAGAUGCCCAAUGCAAUUAUAGCCGGAUAAUAUUUCCAUUGGGCCAUUCAAGCAGACCAAACCCAUAUGCUGUUUACUUGGAGUCAUUGGCCGGAUACUCAUGUGUUCCCUUGCUAAAGCUCUACCGCUGUUAUGAAUGCCUUAGCCGUGAUUGCUUUUGAUAAAUGCUGAAUAGCAUACCCACCAAAAUUACUGCAUCUGUGACCGUUGCGUGCGUCGGACAACCUAAGGUGUUUCGUGGUAAGAUGGGGUGUAUCAAAGUUUAUAACUCCACCAAGUCGCCGCUCACAAUCAGAGAUCACUACGUCCUGACUGCGACGCCGAAGUCGGGAUAUGAUGGCGCCUUGCGUUAUAGCAUCGCCGCCGGUGACAUCAAGAAAACUCCUACUGACGACUUUCUUGAGAAGGCGGCGAAGAAUCGGAAUCCUCAAGAGAUUCAUGUCAAUGUUGGUGAAGAGACCCACCUAAUUUGGGAACAUGAAGAAUUCAUAAGCAACGAGGGGAAGGAGGUCAUUUUGAAGAUGGGAGGUGACGGUGUUCUGCAUUCGAGCUUCGUUGCACCGGGAGGAAUAUCUGCUCUCCGAACAGAGAAAAAAACGAUGCCUCAGUGGAUCAGGAAGAUAUUUUCCUUUCCAAGUGCUGGAGCUAACGUGGAAUCUCCAGUUGCUGAGCUGGGUUUAAUGUCAGCUGGUUCACCGAAAGCUGGAAUUCCUGUGGAUGUAGCUGAAUAAUACUAGUGUACUGUAAAAUCUUCUGCUUUAAGGAAUUGCAAUGUAUCUGUUGUGUGUAGCAUGUCAACUUGAGAAUUGUUCUUUUUGGUGUUGGGUCAUAUUGAAUGGCGAUUGGCAAUACUGUUACGGAGUAUUGGUUGUGAUGUAGAAGAGUUCCUCGGUCGAGGUUCUCAAUUUGAGAAUUGUGCUUCAUGAGCGGUUAUGAGGUAAUUUUUCAUUCACACUUUCCAGUGCCCCUA